AAAAUUUUUUUCUAAAUAAUUCGAAAUAGUUUGAAAGAGUCUCUGAAUCACAUAGUGAGAUAUGACUACACGUACGAGGGGAAAGCCGGCACAAAGCGAUCAAAAUAAAAUCGCAGCUGUUAAGAAGCAUAUCGACAACCGGGUGUUUCUUCUCGAUGCUAAUUUAGCCGAUAAGUCAUCCGAUGACAUUCAGAUUAUUUCGUUGCGAAAUCCAUCCACAGAAAAAGCAUCCAAAUACUUAUUCGCCAAAGGGAAAAAUCAAUUUUUCGAACUGUUAAGCUUUAGUGAAGAGCAUCGCUGUUGGUUCGCCAACGAAUCAGUUUAUCCAAAUGGCAAUAUCUAUAUGACAUCACCGUUUGAUCCAUUAUUUUGGGCAUUGUACUACAUUCGAUUGAAUUGCUCGGAUAAAUGCCAACCCAUCGAUCAAACCAUUGUUGAUGACAACUUUGCAAAUGCACAUCUCAUUGCCGAUGUAUUAACGGUGGAGCAAUUAUCGAUGAUUGCCGACCAAAAAGGAGUCGAAUCUUUGAAGGCGUUCAAAUACAACGAGACAAAAGCAAUGAAUUGGUUGUCGUUGAAGUGCAAAAAACUGGCGAAAACUUUGAGGGAAAGCAAUUUUCAUAUCGGUGCAAAGUCUACGAACUAUGUGAAAACCGAAAAAGUCGGCAACGAUCAACAAAUUGAUGCUGAGUUUUUGUCGUACGCCUAUGGAAUUCUCAGCGAUUACAUCACAUUGGAAUUAUGUGAAAAACUCUCGGAUCAUCUUGGAUUGGAAAAAAUUAAGCCAGUUGCUGCGGGCAAACGGAAGUCGUUGAUCGAACUGGAAAACAACACAUUGAAACGGAUCAAAACCGAGGAAGACUUUGCAACCGCCAAUAUGGUGGAGACCAUUUCGCCUCCAUCGAUUAAGGAGAAAAAAGUCUCAACCAAAGACAAGAAAAUGGCCAAGGCUGCCAGCGGCACGAAAAGUAUUUCGUCAUUCUUCACAAAAAAGUAAUGAACGCUUUUUAAAACGUAAAACAAUGCGCUCGAUUUCGAAAAAUUUAAAUUUUAAGUCAAAAUGUCUGAACACAAUCCAAGGUGAAAUAAAGACCAAACCUCGUUAUUUUUUUGUUUUAAACGGAAAA